AUGGGCGGCAGCAACGCCAUACGCGGACUAGGCAAUGUUCUGACUUGCCAAGAGCUGAAUCAGGUGGCGAUUGUGGAGACUGGUUGUCGCGAGACAGCGGCUCGGGACCGUCGCAAACCCCAGCUCACUCCCCGGCUGAUGGACUACGGGCGUGAAAUGGCGACCCAAGGCCUGAAGCCGGCCCGAAUUAGCAUGGGUAUGCCUCGGCUAUUUGGGCCUGCUGAGGCGGAGAUGCGAACCCUGCGUCAAGUCCAGUGGUUCGGCAGCAACUUCCCCAAGACAAAUCUCCACAGCAACGACGGCUAUGAGGACAUUCUGGACCAGAUCGACCAACUGGUAUUUGGACCAGCCACUACUGAUACCCAGCCGUUCUCGUUUGGUUUGGACCGGGAUGGCAAAGACAAUCCAGAUAUGGGGAACGGAUCCGACGAGCAUCCAUGUUUUGUGGGUCUCACAACCAAGGUCUUGUUGUGCUACUCGGAUCGAGACCCCAACUCGUUCGUGUUCCACCUGGACGGCACCUUCAAGUUGAACCAAGUGGCUUAUCCUGUUAUAAUUUGUGGUGUUUCGGAUUGCAGUCGCUCAUUCUUCCUUGGGGCAGUUUUUAUUGUCUCCCAGCGACUAGAGGGAAUCUACGUUCAGGCGCUAACCGCCCUCCGAAAGAUAUAA